AUGAAGUUUGACGAAAGUGUAUUACAAAAAGAGUGGGAAAAUGGCCGGGAGCCAGCUUGCGCAGAUGUGACACAGUGGUCAUCCGGCAGUGGAGAAGCCACACCAUCUGAUGCAGCACUGGGUGCUCUACUCGAAGAUGCUGAACCUAGUGACGAUGACGCCGAGAGGCGCGUGCGGCGAUUGGGCUCGCGUUUGGCGCGCCUCGAUGCUCUUAAUGUUGGUGGAAUGCUCUCAGCCGCCACGGAGAGCGGUGGCGCAGGUGCUGCUUUAGCGCAGCGUCUCGAGGACGGGCUCGGUGCCGGCGCAGCGUUGUCACAACGCCUGCGCCGUUACGAUGCAUUAGUGCGCGCUGCACCAACAGCCCCACACGCUCGCACCGAUGCCGCCCGUGCUGACAGAAACGCUCGCGUUCUCCUCGCGGAGCUUAGUGAACUGUACAAUUGGUUGGAUGCGCCACCUCUGCGGGACCUGGACUCCUUGGCUGAGGUUUCACUGACCAGUGCCGAGGGUCGCGAGCGAGCCCUUGCCGCUGGAGAAGCGCUACGAGCAGCGUUACGGGCUGAGGCAUCGGCACCUGCCUCGCGCCGUCGCCUUGCCGCUGUGCGGGAGCGACUGCGACGGUUAGCACGAGCUAAAGAUCAGUUGGCGGCGGCGCUAGCGAGGCACCUGAACAACGCGCUGAUCCACCUCGGCAACGAGGCGGCGCACGACUCCGCUCACCGCCACCACCCCGAGCUGCUUCCCUACGCGCCAUUCAUGCGGUGGCUCAAGGACAUGGACGAGAAGGCCUUCGACGCGCUGGCUAAGGUGUACGUGAGCACGUGGUCGCGCGUGUACGAGCGCGAGGUGCGCGCGGCGUGUGACGUGGCACGCGCAGCACUAGCGCCCGCCUCCCCCCCACCGCCUCCCCCCGAGCGAGUUGACGAGCCCCUCGACAACGUGCUGACUUUGGUUGAAAAUCUAUGCAAUGCAGAGCAAGAUUUCUGCGUUCAGUUCUUCUUCUUAGAUAUCGAUGUCAAGGGCGAGGGUAGCGACGGAGAGCGGAGCGAGCGCAGUGAGGGCGAGGCGGGGCGCGUGCGCGCGGGCGCCGACACGCGUCGCUUCAUGGCCGAGCUGUUCCCCGCGCUCGAGCCCGACCUCGUCGCGCUCGUCGCGCACCAGGAGCGCCAGGGGCCCUACGGGGCCAUGCGUGCCCUGGCGUGUGUGGGGCGGCGCGUGCUGUGCGGGAGUGGCGCGGGGGCGGCGCUGGGCACCCCCGGGGGCGGUGCGGGGGCGGCGCUGGGCACCCCCGGGGGCGAGGCGCGGUGGGCGCGAGCGGCCCUCGCGGGGGUGGCCGUGGCCGCCAAGCGAGGCGCCGACCGCGCCGUGGCCGAGCGGCUCAGUGCACUGCCCGAUGCUGUCAAACAGGCAGCUAAAAAACCAAAAUGUGGCAUUCUGAGCUUCGUAUCGGAACUGGAACAGUUGUCGAGUGCGUGUGAAGCCAUAUUCGCAGCCAGCGGACGACGCGCCGACCUCGACCGAUGGUACGUGUCGCUGGCGGGCGCCAUGAUGCAGGCGAUACAGCACGCCACACACCCCCGUACGCCUCGAGCUGUCGUGCACUUGGAGAACUAUCACAGGCUGCACGCGGCGCUGUGCUCGCUGCGCGUGGGCGCGCUGGAGGCGCUGCGGCGCGAGUGCAAGGCGCGCUACUCGGACGCGCUGCGCUCGUACGUGACGCAGUACUUCGGGCGGCCGCUGGAGAAGCUCACGCAGUUCUUCGAGGGCGUGGCCGAGGCCGUGGCGCAGGGCGUGCGCGAGGACGAGGUGUGCUACCGCGCCGCCUUCAGCAAGCACGAGCUGCGCCGCGUGCUCGCCAUGUACCCCGCGCACGAAGUUCGCAAAUCUUUGCACCGUCUCUACCGUACGGUGGAGAAGCACCUGAGCGAGGAGGGGGGGCUGCUGCAAGUGGUGUGGCGCGCUAUGCAGGAAGAAUUUAUCGCUCAACACGUGGCUUUACAGGCUCGCAUCGCGUCGUGCUACCCGGCGGCGGGGCUGUCGCUCCCGCUCACCACGCAGCACAUCCUCGACGCCUUCUCCGACAUUGCGCGGGAGCACUAA